UUCAGUGUUGUAAGGUGCCACGACUAAUCGAUUGUGCUCAGGCGCAUUUCGAAUAUUAAAUUUUAAUUUAUAUUUGUUGGUCCAUAGGCACUCCAGGUAUUACGCAUCCAGCAGCCAUGACUGACGUGUACAUUGUGUCCGCAGCCCGCACGCCCAUAGGUAGCUUCAGUGGAACGCUUUCUAAACUGAAAGCCUCCGAUUUGGGCAGCGUGGUCAUCCAGGAAGUGCUCAAGCGGGGCAAUGUGGAGCCCCAAAAUGUCAGCGAAGUCAUCAUGGGUCAAGCACUCACAGCGGGUCAGGGCCAGAACCCUGCACGUCAGGCCUCGCUCAAGGCGGGUUUGCCCAUCCAAGUGCCAGCCUAUGGCAUCAAUAUGCUCUGUGGUUCAGGUCUCAAGACCGUUGUUCUGGGCUAUCAGUCCAUUCGUUCUGGUGAUGCCAAGGUCGUGAUUGCUGGCGGUCAGGAGAGCAUGUCCCUGGCCCCCCAUGUCAUGCACUUGCGGCAGGGCGUGAAAAUGGGUCCUGGCACCCUGGUGGACUCGAUGAUGCACGACGGUCUCACCGAUGCCAUGGAGAACAUUUCCAUGGGCCUCACCGCUGAGAUUAUCGCCGAGAAAUAUAACCUCAGUCGCGAUGCCCAGGACGCAGCCGCCGUUCAGUCGCAGCAACGCGCGGAGGAGGCCCAACAGAAGGGCUACUUCGACAAGGAGAUUGUGCCCGUGGAGAUCAAGGAUCGCAAGGGCACACAGAUCUUCAGCAAGGACGAGUACAUCAAGGCGGGCAGCACUGUCGAGGGCCUGCAGAAGCUGCGGGCUGCCUUCAAGGAGGGCGGCACCAUCACCGCGGGCAAUGCCUCCGGCGUGAAUGAUUCCGCGGCCGCUGUGCUGCUCAUGUCCGGCGAGGAGGUGGCUAAGCAGGGCCUGAAACCGCUGGCCAAGAUUGUGGGUUGGACGCAGAGUGGCAUCGAGCCACGGGUAAUGGGUCUGGGACCGGUCACCGCCGUGGAAGCUUUGUUGACGAAAAUCUCGUGGAAGCGCGAGGAAGUCGAUCUGUAUGAGCUGAACGAAGCCUUUGCUGCUCAAUCGCUGGCCGUGCUGCAGGACUUAAAGUUGGAUGCCAGCAAGGUGAAUGUGAAUGGCGGUGCCAUUGCUCUGGGUCAUCCGAUAGGUGCCUCGGGUGCCCGUGUGCUGGUCACGCUGCUCUAUGCCUUGGAGCGCACUGGCGGUCGUCGUGGCAUUGCUUCGCUGUGCAUUGGCGGCGGCAUGGGCAUUGCCUUGGCCGUCGAGCGGGUUGUCUAGUGGCUGGAAUCCAUGUGCAGCUGCCUCUUAGUCAUUCAAUUUUUAAUUUAUUAUUCACGGUGUCUGUUCUCUACAAGUUGCAGUUUCUCUCGUUUGUGUAUCUCGAUUUGCAUGCCAAUUAAAAUCCAUUCUAGAAAA